AUGUCCGGUCUCUUUCGAAAGAUCCUCAAGACCGUGUGGGUCCUCAUCAACGUCGUCGUGCUCAUCGCGCUCGCGCUGAGCGCGUGGGACAUGCACCGCAACCGCCGCGCCGCGCAUUUCAUCGCCUGGUUCGUCGCCGGGGUGUUUGUCCUCCUCGCCGUGCCAAUAACCUUCUACGAGGUGGCGCAGCACCUCGAGAACUACCGGAUGCCGAGGCUGCAGCGGCACGUCAUUCGCAUACUCUUCAUGGUGCCCAUAUACGCCGUCGACUGCUGGCUGGCGCUGAGGUUCAAGGACGGCACCAUCUACUUCGACACGAUCCGCGAGUGCUACGAGGCGUACGUCAUCUACAACUUUUACACCUACUGCACGGUGUACCUGCAGGAGUUUUGCAACCCGGGUUUGGAGCAGAUCAUCGCCAGGAAACCCCCGGCGCGGCACAUAUGGCCCGUGUCGGCAUUCCUGGACUUUCCGAGGAUGGGAGAGCCCUUCCUGAGGCUGUGCAGGCACGGGGUGAUCAACUACGUCGUGAUGCGUCCGCUGACCACCGCGCUGGCCUUCGUCAGCGAGGCCAACGGCGUGUACGGAGACGGCCAGAUCUUGAACCCGCUCGUGGCGUACCCGUACCUGGCGCUGCUCAACAACGUGUCCCAAGCGUGGGCGAUGUACUGCCUGAUCAUAUUCUACAGGGCGACGCACGAGGAGCUCGCGCCCAUCCGCCCGUUUUACAAGUUCUGCACCGUCAAAGCCGUCGUGUUCCUCUCCUUCUGGCAGGGCCAGACGUUGCUGUUCAUGGUCAAGAUGCAGUGGAUCAAGGUGUCGCAGCGGGAGACAAAGACGGACUACGACGCCGCGGAGGUUGCGACCGCCAUGCAGGAGUUUCUCAUCUGCGUCGAGAUGUUCUUCGCCGCCAUCGCGCACUCUUACGCGUUUCCACCGUCGGAAUACUUCGGAGCGCAGAUCCCGAAGGAACGAAGGAUGAUCGACAACAUCGCCGACAUGUUCGACCUGCGGGACGUGUACCACGACGUCGUCAACUACGGCGAGAGCAACCAGGAACGUUUGUCGCACCGGUGGAUGUCGUUCGUCGGGUUGUUCACGGGUAAGCCACCGCCGCCGCUUCAAUCGCCGUCGACCAAAACCAAAGAUGGCGAGUUCGCGCGGCUGGUGGACAACACGGGACGGCCGAUGAGUGAGGUAGAGAUGAGCCGCGUGCCGGGCAUCGGGUCCGCGUCCGUCGUCGCCGGGUCGAUGUCCGCGGGGGACGGGCGGGGGGUGUACGGGGAGAGGAGCGCCUUGGGGGGCGGAUCGAGGUUCGACGGUUCUUCGGGGCGGCGGCGGGAGCGGAGGGCAUCCGACGGCGGCGAAGGGGCGAGUCCGCGGGACGGGCGGGCGGGCGGCGGGGGCGUGAGUGUGCGGGGGGAGAGGCUGUUCACGCUCGGCGGGAGCUCGGACGAGGAGGAGGGGGUGGCGAUGGCGCCGGUGAGCCGAGAGAGCGCGAGAUUUGCCAAGUUUCGUUCGUAG